AUGGAUCGAUUAACCGUGAAUCGAACUACUUCUGCUAGUACUCCUUUGUUCAACUCUGACAAGAAAUUUUACGAAGAAGAAGGCAAUGCUAUAAGAAUUAGCACAACGGUGUCCCCAACAAAAUCAUUGAACCUUUACAAUGGUAAACCGGUCAGUAGCAGUAAAAGUUUGAAUAAUAAUUCUCCAAAUGAUUCAUUUACCACCGCUAACUCAUUUAGUUUUGAAGAAACUCUAGACUCGAAUAACUUCCCUGAAAAUUAUAAUAGUUUAAAGCCAAAUUUUGACAUAUUUAAUGAUGAAACACCAAUUGUUAAUUCAGGAAAUAGGCGUUUUGCCAACACUUCGAAUGAUUACGAAACACCGAAGGCACCUUUAUAUAUUGAUGAUACUGAGCUCAGUAAUAGCGACAAAUUUGAUACUUCUAUUCCUGCUGGUUUAGGGAUAACUUCAUCUCAUAUAAAUAUCGAAGAGCAGUCGACCCCAUUGAAGGCAAUACGGGCAUCUAUAUGUGUUCAAAGGACACAGCCAAUAAAUCCUCCUCAGAGAAAUGAGAAGAGGUUACAACAACGAAGAAAAGAUAGCAUAUUCAGCUUUGAAGAAAUGGCUCAAAAUAUACCUGAAAUUCCAGAUUAUGCCUAUUUAUUCAUUAUCGCCAAUCAUUCUUUCGAUGCUAGAACAUUAGAGAAUGAUGAAGAUACAAAUAUAUGUCUUUCUUUCAACGCUAGUGAUGUGGCAUUCGUUCACAAUGUCGAUGAAUCGGGCUGGGGUGAAGUCACCUUAUUGCAAACGCAACUACGUGGCUGGGUCCCUUUCAACUAUUUCUCAGAUAUAAUAAAAAUCACAGAUGUUACUAAGCCUGGAGAUGAGUUAACUCUGGAACAAUGGAAAGAAUAUAUUGAUUCAAGAUUGCCCUUGGAAAAACUCUUGACCGCCUCUGCUAAAUUUAUUGCGCAUCCUCAGGAUAAACCAAUUUCAAAUUCUUUACAAAAGACGUUCAAUCUCAAUUACAUUAAUGAUAUCAGAGAUGGUGUUAAAUCACUUCUUCAAUUGACAGAUGCGGUUUCAAGAUCAAACGAAAUUGUUCAAGCCAAAGAAGAUGUAAGGAAGGGCAGAAAGAAAUUACUUGCUGAUUGGUAUAAUUUAAUGAUCAAGGCUGAUUAUUAUAAGCACACAACAUCGUCAGAAAAUAUAUCCAAGCUAGUCUCAUUGGUUUAUCAAAUCCUAAAAAGGGCAUUUUCGUUCUAUAAGAUAUGGUCUCUUGAAAAGAUGAAUUUUGAAAAUGAAAAGAAUGAGGCAUCUAGAAUACAGUCUGAAUCAUUCUUAUCAACAUCAACACAAAAUAAAAAAGACACUAAAAUGAUAUAUCGAACGCAAAGCGUUAAGGACAACAAAAUUACAUAUCUUACAACUGUGCCAACGGCGUCUAAACGACUAAACGAAGUCAAUGACUUACUUUUCUCUUAUAUUGGACUCAUACUAGGGCGUAUUAACUUAGUUGAACAUAAUCCAAAUGGUUGCGAAGCUCUGGAGUUCAUCAUCCAUCAAAUGAUAAAAUUAUUGAGAGAAUUACUUUAUGUGAGUAAAGCAUGUUCCUAUGUUAUUGAAGAAAAAUAUAAACAUGCGUAUAAAAAUACAUUAGAUGCAUGUUUAGAUCCCCUAUUGGGCCUAGUUUCUGAAUUGGUUUCCUGUAUUAAAAUAUUAGUUACAAAGUCUCUCAGCCAUGAGAUCCGUAGAAAAAGUUUGAAAAACUUGGAAAGUGAUGCUUCCAUAGCGGUGUUACCAUCAAAUUACGAUGAGUGUGAGAGAUUGGUUUACAUAAUCUCUAAAAUGACAGGUUUAAUUGCGAAUACCGUCGCUGGUUGCAAUAAUUAUCUGAGAAUAACAGGAGAUUUCAAACUGAAUAAGAAUAGAGAAUAUCCAGAUUUACAAAUGAGCAAGCUCACACCAGAGGAAUUCUUAAAAAAAUGUUCUGGUGGCAUUAAUGAAAAGCACAAUAACGAACUUAAGAGAAAGAGUAUAAUGGGAUUAGGUGAUGAUUAUAGCGAAGCUGACUAUAAAAAGAUAAUAAGAUUUUCAGCAAUACCUUCGGGCUUGAUGUCUGCUAAAGACUAUGACUCUUUUAGUAGAGAUUCCACCUUCGCGAAGUAUAGGCCGCUUGAAUCAGAGUUAAAUGACAAUCCACUUACUUCUGUCAAUUACAAGGACGAAAUCCUGAGGGAAAUUAUACUUGAUAAUGAAAGAAAUUUGAAUGGUGCUUCAUUCAGAGCAAUAAUCUUCAAAUUGACGGAUGAGAUGGAGAAGCCAGACGAGUUAUUUGUAGCAACUUUCUUACUUACGUUCCGAAUGUACGGCAAUUCGGUAGACCUCGUUAAUGGGUUGAUUAACCGAUUUGAUUUGAUUGAUAAGUCUUCGAAAUUUGAAUACACAGAAAAAAAUGGUACUUACUCAUCAAGGGCAUCUAGAUUGAAGAAUAGACGACGUCUUGUCUGUAAUGUUUUUGCAAGCUGGAUGGAGAGUUAUUGGGAUCAUGAAAAAGAUUACGAUAUACUGCCAACCAUGGUAAACUUUUUUAAUGAAGGAAUGUCAACUAUUUUACCCAUAGAGGCCAAAAAAUUAAUUGAACUGGCGUCAAAAUUGUUUCUAAGAAAGCCGGCCUUAAAAGAUGGACAUUUAUUGCAUGCCUUCAUGGUCGACCAGUUGGCGAAAAAAUCUAUCACACAUUCUAGGGCAUUAUCCAUGAUAUCCGAUACAUCAUCGGUUGCAAGCAGCAUAAGGUCCUCUGAAUUCUCAUUGGAUGAAAGAAUAAUAGAAAAGUAUGAACUGACAAAGAUAGAUAAAAAAAAUAGAAACUCAGUUUCACUCCCACUACCUUUUUUAAAUCUUGGAAAUUCUUCUUUUUUGACAACCGAUGAUAUUACUAAUAUGGAGAGGCUAGUGAAUAACUACAGGAUUGCCACAAAUAGUAAGGUGGAGAAAUAUUCUGACAGCUGUUUCCUAGAAAACAUAAUUAAAAAUUGGAAAAGGUUGCAGGUCGGUAUUGAAAGCAGUUUAGCGGUUAAUAUUGAUAACGUUUUUGUUCAGAGCGAUUUGAAUUUAGUAGAUAUGAAUCCAAUGGAAGUAGCUAAACAAUUGACCUUGAUUGAGUCAAAAUUGUUCAUGUCCAUACAACCUACUGAACUGAUCAACUAUAAAAGAAAGAGCCGUUGCCCUAAUGUGAAUACGGUUUUGAUGUUCACCAACAAAUUUUGUAAUUAUGUUAUUGACAGUUUGGUCAAUCCAAAUAUUUUGAUGAUAGACAGAGUGGAUAGGUUGAGGAACUGGUUGAGGAUCGCUUUGUCGAAUUUAUAUUUCAGAAACUUCAACUCGGUUGCAUCAAUUAUGACAGCACUACAAAACCAUUCUAUAACGAGAUUGAAACCAAUCUGGCAGCAAUUGAGCAAGCAAGAUAUGACAUUAUAUGAAUAUCUAGCAAGGAUAGUACAUCCGAACAAAAAUUUUAAGGUUUAUAGGAAUAAACUGAAAAAAAUCAUGGGUGAUUUCUCUUUUGUUAAGGUAUCACUUCCUGUUGUGCCUUAUUUCAAUUUAUUUUUGCAAGACUUAACCUUCAUUGAUGAAGGUAAUCCAAACUUCAGAAAUCCAGAUGCAUUCAGACCAAAUAAGAUAGUCAAUAUGGACAAGUUUUUCAGAAUUACAAGGAUUAUAAGUACUAUACAAUAUUUGCAGGUCAAUUAUGACGUUGGUAAUAACAAGAGCGAUAAUCUGAAAGAGUCCGAGCUCAAGGAUAUGAUUGAACCAAAUGAAACUAAUGAGUCAUUUUUUGAAUUAACAAACCAAAUGAAUGUCGACACAUAUUGCAUCACAGCAUUGCCACUUCUUCAAGAAUUUAUACUAUAUGAAUUUUGGAGAGUGGAUUCACUUCAUCAAAAGGACAAUGAUAGGAGUUAUCAAUUAAGCCUUAAGAUAUUACCAAGGCAAUAA